ACCAACUUUCUCUCGACCUACUCCGGCGGUACUGAGAUCCGGGCCUGUGAGCCGAUCAUGGCACCACCAAAGGGCCAUGUCGCGGGCCUGUCUUCGGACAAUGUGAGUAAAUUGGAUGCGCUUGCUCGCGUUGGUCGUGAGGCAAAGACGCCUUCCAGUGUUGGUUGGAUAUUGGAAAAAAAUAAAAAACCCGAGCAGAUCCAGGUGCGGCCUAGCAGGGAGGAGGGGAAGCUCACUGUCUGUCUGUCUCUUUCCGGCGUCCCUCAGAUUAUAGCAGGCACUCGCAAGCGCAUCAAGGUCGAGUCAGAGGCGCAUCAGCAUGGCUUACCGGCGGCGCGACUCGCCUCGUCACCGGCUCUGGGACGGGCCAGCGGGAGCGGGAGCGCGGCACCGGCUGACUCGGCCGCAGCGAGGGAGGAGGCCUCUCGCCUAGGCUUCAAGCUCCUCGAUGUGAUCAUCAAUCGCAUCGAUGAGGUAGACAAGACGCCGCUCUGCAUUCCUUUUCUCGCCCUGCCAUCGCCGCACGACUAUCCAGACUACUACGAGCUGAUCAAGAAGCCCACGUCGCUCGAGCAAAUUCGCAGACGGCUUCAGGCGCGCGAGUACACUUCCCUCGACGAGUGCCGCGGGGACUGCGAGGUCGUGUGCCGCAACGCCAAGAAGUACAAUCAGAGCGGCAGCGAGAUCUACGAAAAGGCGCGAGUGAUGCACAGCAUCAUCAAGGAGGCUUAUGUCGAUCUCGUCCAGGCAGGCGACGCAUCGCCCUCGCUGGGUGGCACUCUACAAAGCGACCCUCCACUACAGCAACAGUCGGCCGCCCUGGCACGAAAUGAAAAGCCAAGUGCUAGGGCUCGACUCGAGUACGAUGACGAUGCCGUCGUGCUGAGAUACAAAAAAUCAGGUGACCUGCCGCUCGAGGAGGACGACGAUUCGUCAAUUGCGCAUCAGCGUAACCAAAUGGUGAGCGGCAGCAACACACCGAGGACGACGGCGAGGGAGAUCGAAGACGGCAACGAUGCUGCAGCCGCAAUGGAAGAGGACGAAGAAGAAGAAGAACAAGACGAGGAUGCAGACGACGGAGGCGACCAGGACGACGGAGGCGAAUACGGAGGCAGUAAACGGCGUGCAGGCCGCAAGCCCUACAAGAAGCGAGACGCCUCAAGCAGUACCCCCAUGGAUCUCGGCAGCGGAGAUCGCUCCAAUUUGACGCUCUCAGGCAAGUUCGACCGUCGCAAGCGGCCAGGGCCUCGAGGAAAGAGGCUCAAGUCGACACUUCGGCACAUCUUCUUCGAGAUCAAGUCGAAGCUAAGCUCGAGAGGCACUCACCUCAGCGAUGCGUUUUGGGAGCUACCGCCCAAGAGAGAAUAUCCAGACUACUACAGGGUAAUCCUCCAGCCGAUUUGCAUGCGUCAGAUUGAGGAAAAGACGCUGGCAAAGGACUACGUCAACCCACAUGCCUUUAUCUCCAGCUUUCGGCUGAUGCUCGACAAUGCCCAGUACUUUAACGAGGAAGGCUCCUUUGUCUGGUGCGAGGCUCAGGAGAUGCGAGACCACAUCGAGAAGACGGUGGUACCCACUCUGAUCGCCGAUGGCUUCACCAUGGAGCCUGAUGAUCUUCGACAGUCUGCCUUGCCCAUUGAGCUGGCGGCCAACAGCACCAUUCCUGCGCAGGCAGCUGCAUACAGGAUCCAGAUGGAACGGCGUGCUCAGCAACUGGCAGACAACAGCUUGCCGGGCGAUACAUCAAUGAGCCCAGAGACGCCGUCGAGGCCUCCCAUGCACCACACGCCCUCGUCCAUGCACCUUGCUGUGCCGCCUGGCCAGUCCCCAGGCUCUUCCUCGCCGAUGAGCCAGCAGCACGGUCUUGGCCUAAAUGUUGGUCUGGAGUCACCUGUCCGACACAUGCCGCCAGCACCCCCCAACCCACAACCGAUGUCUCCGUACCCAAUGGCAAAUGGCGUCCAAGGAGCAAGGCCCGUUCAAAAUGGCGCCGGCCCCUAUCCACCAUCGGGACAUGUCUCAACGCCCUUUGCGAUGCAGCGGCCCCAAGCCGGUCCCUCGCCAGCCCAAUGGUCGUCGAGCCAGUACUCGACGCCAGGCACCGCUGGGCCAAGCGGAAACGGCUACUUUGCCUCGCCUUCGCAGACCUACUACGGUCAGCGGCCCUCUGUUGCUACUCCGGCUCCCGCAGGCAGCCCUGGAUCCACCUCAUCGCCGUUUGCCAGGCCGCCACUUCCGCACCUCACAGGACCGGGAGCCUCGCGGCCGGCGCCAACGUCCAACCAGAUCUCGAGCAAGAAGCUUUCAGGCGACCCCCCACCGGACCCCUUGCGACCCUUUGCUGUUGCAGGUGUUCGAAGACCUCCUGUGGCACCAACACUGGCAGUCGAGGCCCGAAGCGCAAGCAAAAAUGUCGAGAUGAAGCUGUCGCUCAGCAAUCUUGUUACGCGGCAGCACGUCGUAGCGCUGCCCCGAGAUGCCCAGACACUCAGCGUGCGUUUUCUCGUGAGGGCCAUCGUGGACAAGAAGGAAAACACCAGCAGCCAUGGCGCCGACGACGGAAUGGAUGAGGGUGCGUCGAAGGCCAAGGACAAAUGGCUCGUCACAGCACACCUCAAUGGGACCGCUGUCGGUGUCAGAGGAGUCGAGCAUCGUCCUAAAGGAGGAGAUGGUUCGGAAGAGUCUUCUUCCGACCGCCUGGACGCCGAGCUGGAUGCGAGCCAGGUCUCUGUCUGCUCGCUGAAGUUCGCACCACCUAUGGCCACAAGCAUCCUUGACAUCAGCGUUGGUCCUCCGCCCCCGUGCCUGGCCCUUCGCCGUCUUGUCGACGAGGCCACUUCAUCCGCCGACAGCUCCGAGACUGCUGAAAGGGCGCGGGCAUUGCUCGAAAUGCCCGAACGCUAUCGUCUAGUCAUCCACCGAAGUCCUCAUUGAAAUUCUUCUAAUUGAAGCGUCUUUGUAUCUGUAACAACAUCGCCGUCGCUCAGCUUAGCCCCAUUCCCCCCUCCGCUUCCCUCUGACUGAUCUGCGAUCAAUUGUAGCUUGCUAGCGAAUAUAUGUGACUUCU